UUAUUCUGGUCUUCUUGAAAUAUCUGAGCGGCUAGAAUUAUGUUACGCUCUCGAUGUGGCUCGCUUCGUGCUGUUAUGCGAAUCCCUGCUGCUCACUUUUCGACUUCUGUUCCGCUAGCAUCGCAUCAGCCAAAUGCACCCCUGGACAUCGACCCGUCUUUUCAGGCUCUCCUUAAGGAUGUCGACAUGGCGUUGUUGAACAAAAAGACACGUUAUCACCACACUCAUCCGCGUCCGGAGGAUAUGCCAAAACUACGAGAGCUCGAGGAGUAUCCACCGGAGGAACAGGAGGAUGUGAUGUCAGAUCUUGUCGCAGUAGACUCAGAGCACAGGCUACCGCGAAGAUCUCCAGCUGCCGUGUUCGGUGGGCAGACAUUUGGUAUGGUUCUCAUACCUCGUGAACUACAGCAGUCCAUCUCUGCUCUGAUUGAUGAAUCGGACAAAAAGAUGCUGCAUGUUGACGCAAGGAGGCUAUUCUUCGACCAGGACGAGGAGAAGGAGAACGGGGCAUGGGAUACGACGUAUGAUACCCGGUACAGGUCCCACAAGCAAGCUUCGAGACACCAUGAGCGAGACGGGACCGCUUUUGCAUCCGUCGCGUUGCCCGCACACUAUUCAGCCAUCUAUACCGUUCUGGACCAUGUAAGAAGAAGGUUAGGUCCAGAAUUCGAGCUUCACAAAAUAUACGACUGGGGCGCAGGAACGGGAAGUGGCCUAUGGGCCGCUGCACAUGCUUUCCAAACGAGCAAUGUUUCACAAGCUUCACCAUCAGGGGAAGACCCAAAGAUGGCGGAAUCCAAGCUCAUGUCCUACAUUGCUUUCGAGAAGCGGGAGGGACUUGUAUCUAUCGGGAAGAGGCUGUUAAACAAUCUUGGCUCAAUUCCCAUAAACGUGGUUUGGCGAAAAGCUUUCAGCGAGACGCACGACAAAAUGUCGCGGCCAGAAGGAGCAAACACCAUCGCCUUCUGUGCCUUUUUACUAUCUUCGCUUCCGAACGAUCAGCAGAGGAAGAUUCUCGUGAAAGAGAUGUGGACAAGCGGUGCCGAAACAAUUGUCUUGAUCGACCACGAUACUCUGCCUGGCUUUCAAAGCAUCGCUGAAGCAAGAGAGCUACUCCUGAAGAUGGGGCGCAAAGAGUUUGAAGACCCGGAGGCCGACGAUUCUCAUCUGCAAGGCUGCCACGUUGUGGCUCCAUGCCCUCACGAUGGAGAAUGCCCUUUGUAUCACGCUGAGUCUACUCGACUCGUCUGUGGAUUCUCACAACGUCUCCAGCGUCCUGAUUUCGUCCGCAAGACCAAGCACGCGAAGUCCAGCUUUGAAGAUAUGGGUUACUCAUAUGUCGUCAUUCGACGAGGCCCAAGGCCAGAGGUUCCCGGUACCAAGUCAGGACGGAUCGGCGAGGUCGGCAAGCGCGAGCUCGAGAAGCAGGAUACAAAACAGCCUCUAUCUGUCCUACAGCUCCAUGAAGACUUUGUAGAGAGCCAGGGUACGACUGAGCCCGUCGAAGAGGUUUUGGAACAAGAGGAAUCUACACCCCGGGAGACCUUCGUGUCUGAGGAUCCGGAAACACUGCAGAGCUCUCUGAGGCAGGAGGCGUAUCAUUGGCCACGAUUAGUUUUUGCCCCACUUAAACGGAGCGGCCACAUUAUUUUGGAUGCCUGUGCGCCAGAAGGGAAAAUCCUUCGAAUGACUGUACCGAAGUCGCAAGGCAAACAGCCUUUCUACGACGCUCGCAAGUCGGAAUGGGGCGAUCUCUUCCCUCACGAGCCUAAAAACACACCCCAAGUCCGGUACCAACCUACUCGCGCCAAACGGCCAGGCGGAACGACGCCCACAAAAGGCGCAGACAUUGGCAAACGGGGCAAAAAGAUCACGAGGGAUUCUACCAAGAGUUACGAUCAUCUCACGGCCGAGCUCAAGCAGAAGGCCAAAGAUUUCCGGAAGGAGAGGAGACGGCGAGUUGGGGGUGGCGGCGAGUCGGAGGAUGAAUAUGUUUGGGAGUAGACGUUCAUGAGUUUUCGCUACGCUUAGCUUGACUGGACUUCGCCUUGCACCCUGCUUUGCUUGUCUCACACUUAUCGCAUCACCGCUCUGCUAUAUCAUCGCUCUACAAUCCCUACUCCGCAUACUGUACCAUACUAAAAGUCUUUAACCGAAAUCCCAGGGCCUUGCCGUGAGCUCAGGAUGACCUUCGUGAUUGGGUUCACUGGGAUCGUACUUGGGCCGGAUUUGAGCUUCUCGGCCUCGACGUUCCUCUCGUUUCCUGUGGCCUGCUUCACGACCUUCAAGAAAUGGCGCACAUUCUUCGCCACGUCAUCCACAGAGAACUCCAUCCUGCCAAUGGCCGUCCGGAUGGUUCCAGCCUUGUCGCCAAUCCAUUGGGUUGAACCUUGGAGUGAACGGAUAUAUCCAGCAACGUUGAGUGUCACGGUUCCGCGACGCGCUGAUGGCAUGAGACCACGGGGACCGAGAAUACGACCUAGACGUGGGGUGAUCCCUCGAAGCAAGUCUGGAGUACAGAGGAAGAGAGAGGCUUGAUGACGACCGCUGAUGACACCGUCAAUGAGCUCGAGCCCUCCCACAAUAUCGGCACCUGCACGUUUGGCCUCUUCUGCGGCUCGACCCUCGGCGAAGACAAGUAUACGGUCCUUCGUCCUCGGUUUCGGUUCUUUAGGGAAGCUUAUACGACCCUUCGGUAUAGGAGCACCUCGAGGCAUCUCUGUCUUGACGGUAAGCUCGUACGCUGCAUUCGGUGAUGCUACUUCGACAGACCGAAGAACGUGGAUAGCAUCCGCUAGAGUCAUCUUCUCCGCGUCAAAGAUACUCUUUCCUUUCUUCAAGGCCUUCUUCCGCGCGAUAUUAGCCAGUUGACCCUUCGAAAGUGGCUUUUUCUUGACGAAGUGUCGUGCUUGCAGAACAUGACUGUGCGAAAACUGCCUUGCUAGCACUUGAUUCACUUGCGGAGAUAGGACAGAGCGC